CAGAAUACGGUCAGUCUGACGCCGGAGUCCAAACUGAAGUGUUAUUGUACAGAGAAUUCGGUUAAAGUAACAAUCGUGUUAUAAUCCAAAUACUAGAAAAGUUUCAUCCGUGAACAUCACAAUGGCCGAUCAAUUAACCGAAGAACAAAUCGCUGAAUUCAAAGAAGCAUUCUCGCUUUUCGAUAAAGACGGUGAUGGAACCAUCACCACCAAAGAACUGGGUACAGUCAUGAGAUCUUUGGGGCAAAAUCCCACCGAAGCAGAAUUACAAGAUAUGAUUAAUGAGGUCGACGCUGAUGGCAAUGGAACGAUUGAUUUUCCGGAAUUUUUAACGAUGAUGGCCCGCAAAAUGAAAGACACCGAUAGCGAGGAAGAGAUUCGCGAAGCGUUCAGGGUGUUCGAUAAGGACGGUAACGGUUUUAUUUCGGCGGCGGAAUUGCGUCACGUGAUGACCAACCUCGGUGAAAAGUUGACGGAUGAAGAAGUGGACGAGAUGAUUAGAGAGGCCGAUAUUGACGGUGAUGGACAAGUCAAUUAUGAAGAAUUCGUCACCAUGAUGACUUCAAAGUGAGCCGUUUUCGUUUGCGGGACAUCAAAACGGCGUCGUUUUUGCUUAUUUCGUGUUUCCACCCGGCACCACGCCGUCGUCGUCGUGUUUACUACUCCACUACAUCGGUUUGAUAAACAACAA